AAAGCAUUCUUCCUUGUCUCCUGCGCAAGGAAGCCUUAAAGCAAUACUGACAAAAAAGAAAGAUCCUAAAUGAAGCUCCGUACUUCUUUAAAGCCCCCAGCUUUGCCUGAUGGCUGAUGAUAGACAUGCGAUCUGGACCCUACCAAAGCCUAAUUCGUCGUCUUCUUCUCGUAGCAUCAUACAGACUCUGUUCCUCCAUGACGUCGGCCGUUGACUUUACCAUCGAUGACUUAUCCUCCUCAAUUUCACCAUUCCCGCAAUAAAGAAACGACCCGCCACCUCCACUUCCUCAAGAUCCCAUCUCAUCCGGUCAACGCCCGCUCAAGUCUGAAUCUUGGGAUCAGGGUUCCGCUCCGCAGCUCCUAACUUCAAAUGGGUCGCAAGCAGAACGACGCGGAGCCCGGCCGAUACGCCACCCUGAUCCUGCUCCUGAUCGGGGUCAUCUCCUGCACCCUGGUCUACACUCUGGCGACCGUCGCGUUUGGGUCCGGCGGGGGCAAUUUGGGGUUCGGUUCUCUGAAGCUGAUCGACGGGGUCGGGUCGGGCGACAAUGCGGAGGGGGAAUUCGGGGUCGAGAGCGGAGAGUGUUGCAGGGUCGAUAAUUUGGAGCUCUGGGGGCCGGCGGUGAAGUGGGGCACCGAUUUCAAGUUCAAUUCUUCGGUGGGGUGUUGCAGGGCUUGCAAGGCGAUGUGCAGCGGGAACGACGGGCCGUGCUUGUGCGAUACGUGGGUGUAUUGCGGUAACAAGGAAGCGUGCGGGUCGAAAUUCGGUGAGUGCUGGUUGAAGAAACAGAAGGAUUCCUUGGCUCCUGAUCGUCAGGAGGCGGGUCAAACAGUUAUCUGGACCUCUGGCCUUGUAUACGGGAAAGGAGAGGGUAUAAUUGGCUUGGAAACAGAAUACGGUACCAUGCAUAUUAAGCUUUAUCCUGAUUGUGCCCCAUACUCAGUUUCUUAUAUCCUUGAGUUGAUGGCAUUGCGGCACUGUGCCGGUUGCCAAUUCCAUCGCGCGGAAGGUAGAGGGCAGUUCUGGGAUUCACAAGGCAGUCACGUCCCAAAUGCCCCGUUUGGCCCUCCAUUUGCACUGAUUCAAGGAACCCUAGAAGCUCAGGGAACUCUAUUUCGGAAGGCCCCGAAAGAAGCAUGUCCGACCAUAAAGAGGGGAACCAUCGCAUGGGUUGGGUCGGGGCCCGAGUUCUUUAUAAGCUUGGCGAAUCACGAAGAGUGGCGAAGGGAUUACACAGCUUUCGGCUCUGUCCUACCUGAAGACAUGAGCAUCGCGGAGAGAAUCGCUCAGCUUCCGACUAAAUCGGAGGUUUGGAACAACGUCAAUGUGUCCGUGCUGGAGAAACCGGUCCCUCUGGUCCUGCAAAGGAUCAAGACGAGCAACGGCGACGCCAAGGGGGAAAGUUGAAUCGAGUUGAAGUCGGACACGGUAGAAACGACCGUGUAUCUCCGGUGGUUGCCGCCUUUGGGGGUCGACAAGUUCCUUCUUACAGUGUGGAAUUGUACUCAAUUUUUGAUGUCCUGGUUGGAGAAAUAACGAAGCCUUAUGCUCUCUCUCUCUUAGAACGCCACGGCAGUUUUGCCAGUAUCUAUUCCGCUUAUUCUCCGUAAAGUUUUACGAUGUAUAUACAUCAUGAAAUUUUUACCAAUCUUGCUUGUAGUCACCAAAUCGGCUUUAUUCUAAUCAUCGAUCAUCUAUCAUGUUUGGCCAAA